AUGCACGGGGCCUUUCACCAUCGAGGACAGUUGCACCGACGCGAGGUGACACCAACAUUCAUCUUUGAAAGACAAUUUGACUUGCUGCACGCCAGAUUUAGCCAGGGCCUCCAGGUCCCAAAGCAUGGUGAUCAUGUUGGGGAUUCAAAUUGGAGACACUGGGCCUCCAAUGAUAUCUCGAGAGCUCACACUACCCAAUUUUGGUUUCAUCUCAUGUGUAUCUCCAAACGGACCUUUAGCAGUAGGAACUCCUCGCCUCGAGAUUCCUCAGCUCAGCUUACAGUAGUAGCUGCAGCUCAGGUGUUUACCGCAUAUGAACGAUGCGUUUGGUAUUCACCAUGCAUGGUGCCUGCUUCGACUUACAGCUUCCUUAUUGGUAAAGCUCCGUUCCUCCUCGACGGGCAGAUACCUAUGACCCGCUGCUUCCGGGAUGGUCGCCGGGUCAGCAAGUUGAUGAUCCAAGAGCGGAGCAACGGUCUCACCCCCGUCAAUUUGCGUCCACCGGCACGGCGUCGAGAGAGAGAAGACCACCACACCUUGACUCCCCCCGUCCUGCUCAUUUCCUCCAUCUCCCUCAUCGCUGCACAUCGCGCUCUUGCUACUAUUGCUAUCGCUGCAACUUACUUUUCAGCCUUUCGCGAUCCUCACGACUUGCUUCAUCUCUUGCUUCUUGCCUCUUGCAUCAACACCCUCGCGUCACGAAUCGUUGUCGCCGCCAUGUUCUAUUCGGAGACGCUUCUCCAGAAGAGCGGGCCGUUGGCCCGCGUUUGGCUGUCGGCCAACAUUGAGCGCAAGCUUUCAAAGACGCACAUUUUGCAGUCCAACCUGCCGGACAGUGUAGAGGCUAUCAUUACGCCUGGCCAGGCCCCGAUGGCUCUUCGUUUAAGUGGCCAGUUGCUGCUGGGUGUUGUCAGAAUCUACAAUCGCAAAGCCCGUUAUCUGCUCGAGGAUUGCAAUGAGGCUUCAAUGAAGAUCAAGAUGGCCUUCCGCUCGAGUGACAAUCACGACAUGGCAGCCGCCAAUCUCUACGUCAACAACCGCGAAGCGCUGCUGCUGCCUGACAAGAUUACUCCACUAGACAACCUGGAUCUCCCGCCGCCUCCUGAUGCCGCUUGGCUUUUGUCGCAAAUGGACGAUGUCACAGCUACUCCAGUCGGUCGCAAGGGGCGUGUCAGCAACCGCGACAUUAACCUUCAAGAGGAUUUCAACAACAGCCAAUUCCUCAACCAGGCGGACACCCUCGAUGACGAACUGGAGCUUGCACCUAUGGAAGAUCUCGAUCUUGAACUCGACUUUGGCAUGGACAUUGAUGAGCGACCCACCCGCAUGGAUACGACCAUCGAAAUGGGAAGAGACGCGCCUCUGGCUCGCUCAGUCGAGGACGACAUGUUCAGCGAGCUCGACAUCAUGCCGCGAGGCAAGGACCAGACCGAACGUGAGCCUUCACUGGGUCUGAACCUUGACUUUGGCGACGACACCGUCCGUAUCGCUGACGAGGAGGGUGACAUUCAAAUGGGCGAUGACGACUUCCAAUUCCCUCUCGGCGAUCAAUCUGUUGUUCCCGGUCUUGCUGGCGGUCCUCUGGAUAUGCCUCGUGGUCGUAUCUCCGAAUCACCACUGUCGGAAAUCGACCCGGAGUUCGCGAGAGAAGUUGAGGAGGAGUACUCCCGUAUCCAGCACACAGAUCUCUAUGAGCCAGAUGAGGAGGAGGAGCAUACAGUCAUUCGUCAUCCCCAACGAGCCAAGAAGAGGAAGGUUCUGUUGCCUGACGAGCAGACGAUGCUUUCAAGCACUCACAUCAAAGACCAACAAGCCAACCACGCCAAUAUCCUCAGAGCUCAAUCGUUCUUGCCUAGAGAUCCUUUCGUUCUGGCUCUUAUGGAGAUGCAAAAGAGUGGCGGCUUCGUCUCCAACAUCAUGCUUGACGGUCGCAGUGCCGGUUGGGCACCUGAGCUGAGAGGAAUGCUUUCCCUCGAGGCUGUCAGCCGAUCAAACGAGUUGAAGAGGAAGCGGGAUAGCGGAAUCGCUGAUGUGGAGAGUGACAACGGCGCCACAUCCAAGUCGCCUCGCCUGAAUGUCGAAGAGGAUGACGCGUUUGCUGUCGAAGAUGCCGGGUUGGGCAACCAAAGCAUAGCGGCCGAUGGCACUAUUCUUGAGAUCCCGGCUGAUGAGGAGGGCAUUGCUUUUGGAGGAGACGACGACAACACCGGCCGACCUGUUUCGCGCGAAGGCAGCGCCAUGCCCGACUUUGACGAGACAACAGCUCCUGCCGUCCACCCUCAGGACAGUGGUCCGGUUUCUAUGGGUACCAAGCACGCUGUCCACGUGCUAAGAGACAUUUUUGGCCCCGACGCCGAGCACGACGCCGACAAGCGCAAGAAGACUGCCGUGGUCUUCCAAGACCUCCUUCCCGAGGGGAGAACGACGAAGGCUGACGCCACCAAGAUGUUUUUCGAAUGUCUGGUCUUGGCCACGAAGGACGCGAUCAAGGUUGAGCAGGGCGAGACACUCGGCGCACCUAUCAAAGUCCGAGCCAAGCGUGGCCUCUGGGGAGCCUGGGCUGAACGCGAAGCAGGCGGCGAGAUCGCCGAGGAGGAGGAGCUCAACCAGCCCGAGCUAGCAGCAGUCAGCGCCCCGGCUGUUGCGGUGGAGGCAUAG